UAGGGGGCGCUCAAAGCCCGGCAGAUGGCGUCUCUUCCCGCGGAGCGCAGUCACACCGAUUCGAGACGGAAGAAAAGAGGGGAAAAAAAUGGUUUUAUUUUCUGUAAGAGGAAAGAGAUGGAUAAAAUAUCACAAGUAGAAGAUGGGGUGGGGUGGAGGUGCCACUUGAUGUCAGCUGGUGGAAUGACAAAGCCAAAAAGAUAAGGAAAAGAAAGCUUUAAAAACACAUUUGAGAGUGUAUAAAGCGGUCGGGAUAUGUUUUUAUUUUGAAUAAAAAAAAUACUGUAAUAUAAAGCGAGUUGAACGCCGAGUGACGCCCCCUACCACCACCACCACCACCUCGUCCCCCACCCAUCCCCGACCCCGACCCCUCCUUCCCCCGUCCUCGGGUCUCUGUGGCGGUGAGACUCGCUCACACACACGAGAGCGAGAGAGGAGUUGCGAGCUCGGCUGGGCUUCAGUUUGUCAGCAGCCGGGCGGCAGCGCAGAAGCAGCAGCGAGCGAGCGAGCGAGCAACCUGCCAGGCGAACGAACCGACCGAACCCAGCCGCACCGGAACCGGACCAGGACAGCAAACCGAGUCAGCCCCCCCCCCCAACGCCCUCAAACAGGAGAUUUGUCCCAACUAUUAUCGAUUUAUUUUUGAACUUUCCAACAUCUUUGUGUUGUUGUUGUUUUUUAUUUUUUAUUUUUUUUAACUUCCUCUUCCUGCUAACAUAAUCACGGACGUAAUGCGGACCUCAUCUUGAGUAGACGCCAGAACCGAGCCGGUCACGACACUCGCAAAAAAAAAAAAAAAAAAAAAAAAAGUGGACUUAAUUGUGAGAGGAAUAUUCCCCUGCCACCAUUUGGAUUUCAAGUGCUUUUCUAUCUUCGUCCGUGUGGAUUUUUGUUCGAUUUUUGUUUUCCAUCUUUUUUCUCCAACGCUUCGAGUUCCGGAGUGGACACCGACGCUGAACGUAGCCUGUAGCCGGGCUGGAGCGCUUCAAACUGGGCUACCGCGCUGCGCUCACCCGCUCCGGAGUGAUGGCGGCACAGCUCUGCCUGGCGGUGGUGCUACUGUCACUGUGCAACGCCGCCCCCUCCGACAUCCUCUACCGGGUCCCCGAGGAGCAGCCGCCCAACACCCUGGUGGGCAGCCUGGCGGCGGACCGUGGGCUGCCCGACAGCGGGCACCUGUACAAACUAGAGGUGGGCUCGCCUUACCUCCGCGUGGACGGAAAGACGGGAGACAUCUACACCACCGAGAUCCCCAUUGACCGCGAGACCCUCAGGGACUGUCGCAACCUCUUUGAUAACGACAAGUGUUACAUGGAGUUCGAGGUGUCCAUCACUGACAUGGUGAAAGGCAUCGGAUCGGGGCCGCGCCUCAUCGAGGGCCGCAUCGAGGUUCUGGACAUAAAUGACAACACGCCCCAGUUCUCCUCGCCCAUCCUCACCCUGUCGAUCCCGGAGAACACGCACGUGGGCGCACUGUUCGCCAUCCCCAUGGCGACAGAUCGUGACUCAGCUAACAACGGCGUGGCCGAGUAUUCCCUGAGCAUGGGGCCCGACGCCGAGCAGCUCUUCGGACUGCAGGUGGCGGUGGACACGGACGAGAAGCUGCCCCAACUCGUGGUCAUGGGGAACCUGGACCGCGAAAAGAAGGACUCGUACGACUUGAACGUUCGCGUGGUGGAUGGCGGCCGACCGGCCAGAGCCAGCAGCGCCCUGCUCAGGGUGGUUGUUACCGACCAGAACGACAACGCUCCAAAGUUUGAGAGGAGUCACUAUGACACUGAGCUGGCAGAGAACAGCCCGCUAGGACACUCCGUGCUACAGGUCCGUGCAAAUGACGCCGACAUGGGCACCAAUGGUGAGAUCGACUACAGCCUGCACCAGAUGUCCGAGGCAGUCCAGAGACUUCUGCGCAUCGACCGCGCCACUGGAAUCAUCUACGUCAAAGGUCUGGUGGACCGUGAGGAGGAGAACUUCCUCAAGUUCUCUGUCGUGGCUAAAGACCGUGGGCCAAACUCCAAGAGCUCUAAAGUCGUGGUGACCAUCAAAGUACGGGACCAGAACGACAAUGCUCCCACCAUAGAGAUCCGCGGCAUCGGCCUAGUGACGCACCAAGAUGGGAUCGCCAACAUCUCAGAGGACAUGCCGGUGAGCACCGCGGUGGCACUGGUCCAGGUGUCGGACCGCGACGAGGGGGAGAAUGCAGUGGUGACGUGUGUGGUGGCCGGGGACGUCCCAUUCCAGCUGCAGCCUCUGAGUGAGUCCAGCAACGACCGUAAAAGAAAGUACUUCCUGCAGACCACCACGCUGCUGGACUACGAGCGAGUAAAGGACUACAGGAUUGAGAUCGUGGCGGUGGAUUCCGGCAACCCAGCUUUGUCCAGCACCAACUCCCUAAAAGUGCAAGUCACCGACAUGAACGACAAUACACCCAGCUUUUCUCCAGCUGUCCUGGAAGUGGACUUUGCAGAGGGGAACCAGCCGGGCGACAAGGUGCUUCAGGUGGUAGCCGCUGAUGCUGACAGCGGCAGCAAUGCCGAGCUGAUCUACAGUAUCGUGGAGCGCUCAGCCACCGCCCUGUUUGAAAUCGACAGCGGCAGCGGGGAGAUUCGAGUUAAGAACCUGCUGGACCGCGAGGAGACAGAGCGCUACGAGUUCCGCGUGGCGGCAGCUGACAAAGGCGUUCCGAGCAAAACCGGCACAGCCACUGUGGUAAUUAACGUCCUAGACCGCAACGACAACGAUCCAAAAUUCAUGCUGAGCGGCUACAGUUUCUCCGUCAUUGAAAACAUGCCACCCCUAAACCCUGUGGGGGUGGUCACUGUUACCGAUAUUGACAAGGGCGACAAUGCCCGAGUCAAGUUGUUUGUUGAACCCGACAAUGGCAAGUUUGUCAUUCAAAACGGGACCGGAAACAUCUUGUCCAGCAUUUCAUUCGACCGAGAGAAGGAAAGCACUUACACCUUUCGGCUGAAGGCAGUGGACUCCGGUGACCCCCCUCGAUCCUCCUACGUGGGGAUCACAAUCAACGUCUUGGAUGAGAAUGACAACGCCCCCUAUGUCACCAAACCUUCCAACUCGUCCUACACGUACCUGAGCCCCGUCACACCUCUUGAGACCCGCGUGGAGGUGGUGGAAGCUGAGGACAUUGACUCGGGACACAAUGCCGAGCUGGAGUACAUCAUCACUGGGGGGAACCCCUAUGGACUCUUCCACAUUUCCCCCACCACAGGGGAGAUCACCCUGGCACAGAAAUUCACCGGGAAACACAACGGGCUGCACCGGCUGGUGGUGCAGGUUCGGGACAAAGGCAAGCCGCCUCGCCACACCACCACUCUAGUGCACGUGUUUGUCAAUAACACCAUGGCCAACAUGUCACUGAUUGAUGCUCUGGUGGGCCAUAGUCUCUACACCCCGCUGGACCGGGACAUUGCAGGGGACCCCAACUACGCCUUGGCACAGCGUAGUAACAUCCUGUACGGGAGCCUAGCCGGGAUCGCCGGCGUCAUCUUGGUCAUUGUGGCCGUGGUCCUCAUCCGGCACCGACUCCAGAAGGACACCAAAAGCGGCUACCAGGCGGGCAAGAAGGAGAGCAAAGACCUAUAUGCCCCGAAGCAGGGACCCAAAAACUCCAAGGGGAAAAAGACCAAGAAGGGCAAAGCUCCCAAACCAACCAAACCUCUGGAAGAGGAUGAGGAUGCCAGCCUCCAAAAGGGCCUCAAGUUCAAUCUCAUCAAUGAGGCUGUUGGCGACAGUCCUCGGAUACACUUGCCCUUAAACUACCCGCCCGGUAGCCCCGACUUGGGGCGACACUACCGCUCCAACUCGCCACUGCCUUCCAUCCAGCUUCAACCACAGUCGCCCUCAGCCUCCAAGAAGCACCAGGCGGUGCAGGACCUCCCCGCCACCAACACCUUCGUGGGUACGGGUGACAACAACUCCACGGGCUCGGACCAAUAUUCGGAUUACAGCUACAAGGCCAACCCGCCCAAAUACAGCAGCAAACAGGUAGGACACUACGCAAACGCGCCCAUGUACCAGCGGGACAUCUAUUGGACCGAUGGGGUGUGGUAGUCUCGCCCCAAGGGGGAUGUACAUAGACCAAACCUGCACUCACCGAACCCCGAGCCACCCCAACCGCCACAUUCUUAUUCAUUUUUCCUUUUGUUUGGUUUCCCUACACCAUUUUUAUUUUUUUCGUCUCCCCCCCCCCCCCCCCCACAUGGACGUCAUGAAGGAUGCAGGAUAGACCACGCGGGGUUGGGUUCUCACGGAGACAUUUUGUUGCUUAAACCAAGAGAAACGGGGCAUUCGAAAACCCGCCGUGGGUCUAGCCUUACUUCACUUUUUGUUAUGUUCACUUGUACAUUCAAUGAAGGAGAUUUUGCGAGCAUUUCCUAAUGCGUGUCGACCUUUCACGCCAACUUCCCUAUUCAGUGUUUUUUGAGUCUGUGUGACAACCAACAACUGUGAAAUCUUCACUUUGAUUUUGUUUGUUUAUUAUUUGUUUAUUUUUUUUUCUGUUCCAUUUUCUGUUCUCGUGUUUGUAUUGUUCAGAGGUUUCUGUUCGCCUUGGACCGGUCGGUUAAUUUUCGAAGCGGAACUGAACGAAAGCCAAUCAGGGGUGUUACAAAGGUGUGAAGGGCCUUCGUUUGAUGGUCUUCGCAAUCAGCUGAGCUCCCAAAAAAGUCAAAUAGUUUGCACAGAUUCGCGGUGGGUGAUGUUGGCCUUCUUUUAUGACCCACAGUGCCUUGUUUUACUUUGAGUACGUGUUCGUGUGUGUGUGUGUGUGAGAAAGCGUCCUUGGCUCCAAGUCCACGACAGGCUGUCAAUAGCCUAACAAGAGUAAGAAAAUAUAGACAAUCAAAUAAAGACUACAUCGGGACAGUAAAGAAUCAAGACUUCUUCCGGGUUUUUUUUAAGUUAGGGAUGUUGACUGUCAGGUUGAAAUUUAAGGUUCUACCAAAUAUGCACUAGAACCAUUACAGGUAAACAACAUUUGACCCUCUCUUAUGCUAGUGACAUAGUAAUGACACGAGAAUCUCAGCCACUGUUUACCCUCUCAGAACAUCGUGUUUUGAGUCCCAGAAAGGCACACAAAUGGACGUGUUUGGAAAUUUUCUCGUAGAAAGGUCAGGUUUAUCCAAACGACAGAAUUUACGACAGGCGUUUUUCUUUUCAUCCUCUUGUUAGACAAAGGGAAGUGACUCGAACCAAAACAUUACACAGUUGGAUAUUCAACAGAGAAGGGCAAAUUCAGUUGACCUGGAGAAGUUAUAGUACAUUUUUUUUUGGCAAAAGCCUGAAAAAGAAGCACACGAUUGCCAAAAUAGAACCAACUUUCGCAUAAUCGUCGCCGGACGCUACGCAGAUGCUACGACAUCAGCAGUUCGGCAUUGACUUUGGUUUCACAGUUUUGUUUCUUUAUUGUCACACCCUGUAUAUACACGACACUAUAUACUGUAUACUCGUGAUUGGUUCUGUGUGUGUGUGCGUGUGCACGCGUGUGUGUGUGUUUCAUUGUAUGAUAAUUUGCCGUUGGUGUUUAUUACGAACAUACACACGCAGACACAUUUUAAAAUGCGCUUUCCCAGUGUUCCUCUUCUUGUUCUCUGCCUUGAACAUCAUGUACAUAGAAUGCUUGUAUUGUUCUUUGUUUUGUUUUUGUUUUUAAAUCAAGUUAAAAAGCAUAUUUCAUUUCAAUAAACAUGCUUCAAUGUGA